AUGGCCGACGAAAAGACCGUCCUUGACUACUUCCUUGCCAAUGUGGAAAAGCACGGCGACCGCAUUUGGAUGACACAGCCCAUGGGCAAAGACGUCGUCAAGACCUUUACCUUCAAGGAGACUUUGGCCGAAGCCAAAAAGGUCGCUGGGUACAUCAAUAGCCUCGACUUGCCCGAGAAGUCACAGAUUGCCAUUUGCAGUAAGAACUGCGCUUGGUGGGUCAUUGCUGACUUGGGUAUUUGGAUGUCUGGCCACGUUUCUGUCCCCGUCUUUCCAACUUUGACGGCAGACACGACCAGCUUCACUUUGGAACAUUCGGAAGCCAAGCUGCUAUUUGUGGGCAAGCUUGAUGAAAAACCAUGGCUAGAACAAAAGAAGGGAAUCCCUGACAGUAUGCCAACUGUCUCUUUCCCUCUUUCUCCCAAGGAUUCCGCCAAGACGACUUGGGAAGAAGCCAUUUCUGGUGCUUCUCCAAUCGAAACUCCUGCCACCCGAACUUUGGACGAGAUGGCCACGAUUAUCUACACAUCUGGAUCUACUGGAAAGCCCAAGGGUGUCAUGACCAGCUUCCGAGCCAUGACCAUUUCCACCAUUGGAAUGUGCAAACUCUUGAAGGUCACUGACAAGGAUCGUUACCUCUCCUACCUUCCAGUCUCCCACGGCAUGGAACGUUGGAUUGGAGAGUGUAUCCCCAUGUACUCUGGAGAGGGUAUCUGGUUCGCCGAAUCCCUCGCCACCUUUGUGGCUGACUUGAAUCGCUGCCGACCAACACUUUUCUUGUCGGUUCCACGUUUGUGGACCAAGUUCCAAGCUGGUGUCUUUACCAAAAUGUCAGAAUCCAAGUUGGACACUCUUCUCAUGAUUCCACUCAUCAGCACUUUGGUCAAGAAAAAGAUUCUAAAGGGUCUUGGAUUGGACAAGGUCCGCAUUGCUGGUUCUGGAUCGGCGCCAAUUCCUGGCUCCCUUCUAGACUGGUACCGUCGCCUCGGUUUGAACUUGCAAGAAGGAUAUGGUAUGACGGAAAAUUUCAACUAUUCCCACAUGAGUCGUCUUGGACGCACUCGCCCAGGAUACGUCGGAGAGGCUUACGAUGAUGUCGAAUGUCGCAUCGCCGAAGAUGGGGAAAUCCAAGUCAAGACUCCCGGAAAGAUGAUGGGGUACUACAAGAACGAGGAAGCUACCAAGGAGUCACUGACCGAUGAUGGAUACGUCCGCACUGGAGAUAAGGGAGAAAUUGACAGCAUGGGACGUCUCAAGAUUACCGGACGUACCAAGGAAAUCUUCAAGACUAGCAAGGGAAAGUACGUUGCUCCAGCUCCUAUCGAAAACGAAUUCGUCCGACACAAUUUGAUCGAAUUGGCGAUGGUCAGUGGUCGUGGACAACCCCAGCCUUAUGCCAUUAUUCAAUUGUCGGAAGGCCCCAAGGGAACUGCCUCGAAAUCCGAAGAGGAACGCACCAAGAUUGCUGCCGAAUUGGAAAAACACUUGGCUUCUGUCAAUGGUACCUUGGAGGCUCACGAAAAGUUGAGUUUCUUGGCAAUUAUCAAGGAAGACUGGUUGCCCGAAAAUGGAUUCUUGACUCCUACCCAAAAGAUCAAGCGUGCCGUCAUUGAAGAUAGCUACGAAAAACACGUUGAGGGAUGGUAUGGAGCAAAGAAGAAGGUUGUCUGGUACGGAUGGUAA